AUGUUCGAUGUAACAGCACGAGUGACGUACAAAAAUGUCCCGAAUUGGCAUCGUGAUUUGGUCCGAGUCUGCGAAAACAUCCCGAUAGUUUUGUGCGGCAAUAAAGUGGAUGUGAAGGACCGAAAAGUCAAAGCGAAAACAAUCACAUUCCAUCGGAAGAAGAAUCUUCAGUACUAUGAUAUUUCGGCGAAGAGCAACUACAAUUUCGAGAAGCCGUUCCUGUGGCUGGCGCGGAAGCUGCUGGGCGACCCGAAUCUGGAAUUCGUUGCAAUGCCGGCACUGGCACCACCCGAAGUGCAUAUGGAUCCAACGAUGGUUGCUCAGUACGAGGAUGAAAUAGCUGCUGCGGCGAGUGCUGAACUUCCGGACGACGAUGAUGACCUGUGA